AUGCACUCUUGGUUCAUACUCUCUGUCUUCAUUGGCUUCGCCACGGCCAUAUGUUAUUUCCCAAGCGGAGGCGAGACGGGCGGCGAGUACAAGCCAUGUGGGACAGACAACACGAACUGGUCAACAUGCUGCCUGGAAGGUGACAUAUGCCUGGAGAAUGGCUUAUGCCAGGAAGUCGAUGGGGAUAGGUACCGCGGGCCCUGUGAUAAUCCAGAAGGGAACGGAUGUUAUCAGGUGUGUAAGGCGGUUUUUGGUCUUGAGUACGUCGAUCGAUGCACUUCGAACCAUUACUGCUGCUUGGGCAACGCCACGAGCUGCUGCAACAAUAAUGCGAGAGAACAGUUCACUGUUUACAACAAGCCGACUAGCCACAUAACAACCACAUCUUCCUCUACCUCUUCGUCUCCCUCAAAACCCGUCGAUACAGCUGAGACUACGACCACCUCUCCAAACCCGCCCAAAUCUGUCCCCGUGGGUGCGAUUGCGGGUGGGGCCGUCGGGGGCAUAGUCGUGCUAGCAGCCGUUGGCGGAAUGAUUUGGGUUUUGCUUCGCCGAAGAAAGCUCAAGCCCAAUGCAAGAGACUAUGACUGGGUCAAGAUGAACCCAGUUGUCGAGAUGGAUUCUGCUCAGGGGGUGGUCGAGAUUGAUCGCAGUGUGAGGAUGCGCCCACUGGUGGAGAUGGAAGAUCAAAUAACUCCAACUACUAUGCAACCCUACUCGCAGUCCACGAUGCGGAAGAAUGUUUUUGAGAUGGAAGCAUGAAGUUUGGUCGGUAUAUGGUUUUUUUAAUAGAACUCUUCGGGGUUGGCUCAAUGUUCAGGCAGAAGUUACCUUGGACUAUACAAAGGCGUAUGAAGUUUGACCACUUCAUAGUACUUCAACCCCAUGACGCUCACACACUUGA